AUGAGCUCCAUCAUGGCCCUCCUCCCCAUCAGCAGCCGCCGCCGCACCCUCCUCCUCGCCACAUCCGCAACCGCAACAGCCACCGCCGUCCUCGCAUUCCGGUACCGAAUCUCCUCCGCGACCCGCCGCAACGAGCUCGCCCUGGCCCAGGCCCCCGCGAGGCCGAAUUUCCACGUCACUGUUGAUCGCAGCGGCGGCGGGAUUUGA